ACCAAAACAUGCGUUACAUUGCUUGAACAGACGCCUUGGUUGGAUUACCAGGGCUGGGAUUGAGCCGUCAUACAAACGAGGGCAGGAGGCUUGGUGUAAGGGGGAUUAUUUAUCAGGUGGGGGUCUAUAGUCUCUGGAUAAUGCAUCAAAGCACCAAGCUUCGUUCUCUCAGCUUGAGCUGUCCGGCACGUUCAACCGAUGAUAUGGAUUCUGCAUUGGGGGGUGAAGAAACAGAAAAACUACCACGACCAUGUGGGUCGAAUCUGGGCAGGAGCAGAGGAAUCCGGACUCACCUUAGCUGCCUUUCGCAGAAGUCAGACUCUCUAAGUGAUUUUUCAACGUUACAAAAUGAUGCCAAGCACAGCCAAGCACUAAAACGGCUGACUGCAGAAGAAGCUCGAAGGUGGGCUCGCUCGUUCGAUCUGCUCUUGUCUCAUAAAUAUGGUCGCUCUGCGUUUCGUGCCUUCCUACAGACCGAAUUCAGUGAGGAAAACCUUGAGUUCUGGAUGGCCUGUGAGGACUACAGAAAGACCCGCUCAGUGAACAAACUACCUGCGAAAGCUCGUCGUAUUUUCCAGGAUUACAUUGAUGUUCAAGCUCCCAGAGAGGUUAACAUUGAUUACCCAACUCGAGAAUUGACCAAACGAAACCUUCUGCACCCAACAUCGUCUUGUUUCGACCUUGCCCAACUGAGAGUGCGCAGCCUAAUGGAAAGGGAUUCCUACCCAAGGUUUCUACGCUCACAAAUCUAUAAUGACCUGCUUAGCUGCACUCAGAAGAGCCCUUGUUAGUCGAAUGAGCGACUGCAGAGACACAGUUGACACUUGACCAUCCCGAGAAGGACCGUCUUGCACUAUGGCCAAGAAGACUAAGAAGAUUCAGUUUUGACUGCUUGAGACAAUACAGCAUCUUCACUGCCAAUUCGACAAGUCUCAUCUUCUUCAUCAUCAUCAUCAUCUGGUUAUCCUUAAGUUUAGUGUGGAUGUUUAGAAGAAAAGGUCUAACAAACAAAGAAGAAGAUGGCGAGAAGAUCAAGUAACUACAAAGAAGGGCAGAUCAGAACAAAAGAAGG